GUCGGUGGAGCCCGAUUUGUCCACAAACGAUCUCAUUGGUUUAAGUGAGAGUCUUUACUCGGGGCGGGCCUUCACUGCGCUUUCUCCCGUCAUGUCUUCGGGCUUUGGAGGCUGAACGAGCGACCAGAAAGCGAUGUAAAUGGUCCUUCUGGAAAUCAGUCAACAGAAAAGGCCUCGGUGAAUCGAUUGAUUGGUUCUACCAGCCGUCUGACAACCGAACCUACGUGAAACAGCGCCGUUGGAUCCAUUGAGCCUGCGCUAACUGUAAAAGAGGAGGUUCCCGAAGAGACUCCUUUAUUUAUUUCUUUGUUUUCAGUGAAGAAAUAAUAACAACAGCAUACCACAGAACUUCAUUUAUAAUCUUUGUUCGUACUCACAAGAAAACUGGAUAAGAUUACAGUGGGUGCUCGAAGGCCAAAGCCAAGAGGAGGAGGAUGAAGCGGCGCAAUGCGGACUGCAGCAAACUCCGGCGGCCGAUAAAACGGAACCGAAUCACCGAGGGCAUCUACGGCAGUACCUUCCUGUACUUGAAGUUUCUGUUGGUGUGGGCGCUAGUACUACUGGCAGACUUUGUAUUGGAGUUUAGAUUUGAGUAUCUUUGGCCUUUCUGGCUCUUCAUCCGCAGUGUAUAUGACUCCUUCAGAUACCAGGGCCUGGCAUUUUCAGUAUUCUUUGUGUGUGUGGCAUUUACCUCGGACAUCAUUUGCCUCCUCUUCAUCCCAGUGCAAUGGCUGUUCUUCGCCGCCAGUACUUAUGUUUGGGUCCAGUAUGUUUGGCAUACAGAGAGAGGUGUCUGUCUGCCAACGGUGUCUCUAUGGAUACUAUUUGUUUACAUAGAGGCAGCCAUAAGAUUCAAAGACUUGAAGAACUUCCAUGUGGACUUGUGUCGUCCCUUUGCUGCACACUGCAUUGGUUAUCCUGUAGUUACACUGGGCUUCGGCUUCAAGAGCUACGUAAGUUAUAAGAUGCGCCUCCGGAAACAAAAGGAGGUUCAAAAAGAGAACGAAUUUUACAUGCAGCUAUUACAACAAGCUCUACCUCCAGAGCAACAAAUGCACCAGAGACAAGAGCGAGAAGCAGAGGAAGCUGUUAAAGGAUUGUCUGAGGUGGAUACUGCUCCAGUGUCACAGAAUGGCACCCCUGCCAAUAAAAAGACAGCAGCGUCACUGCCAGAGCUAGAAUAUAGAGAAAAAGGGAAAGAAGGAAAGGGUGUCGGGGACAAUAAAAAGCAACACAACAGCAUCCUCCCAUCAUCUGUGGACUCUAAACUCCAAGAAAUGGAAUAUAUGGAGAACCAUAUGAACAACAAGAGACUCACCGCAGACCUGGGCAGCACUGAAAAUCUGCUGCUUAAAGAGGACAACAACUCUUCAUGCUCUUCCUCUUCUUCCUCCUCCUCUAAAAACUUCAAAAAUGCUAGCAACAAUGCGGCUAACUCCUCACCCCGCGGCCAUAGUGCCACCAAUGGCAGUGUACCCUCCUGUACGCCGUCAUCCUCGUCGUCCGCGGGGAAGAACGAGAAAAAGCACAAGCUGACAGUGGGGAAGGCAGCUGCUGGAGGCUCCCACAGGGACCCCACAGACAAUUGUAUUCCCAACAACCAGCUGAGCAAACCAGAAGCACUUGUCAGAUUGGAGCAGGAUGUUAAGAAAUUAAAGGCAGACUUGCAAGCCAGCCGCCAAGUGGAGCAGGACCUCCGCAGCCAGAUUGGCUCUUUGGGUAGUGCAGAGCGUUCUGUGCGCACUGAGCUGAGCCAACUGCGCCAGGAGAAUGAGCUGCUGCAGAACAAGCUUCAUAAUGCUGUGCAGGCAAAGCAAAAAGACAAACAGACAGUGGGCCAACUGGAGAAGAAGCUCAAAGCAGAACAGGAGGCGCGAGCUACAGCUGAGAAGCAGCUCGCAGAAGAAAAGAAACGCAAAAAACUGGAAGAAGCCACAGCAGCGCGGGCAGUAGCACUAGCAGCUGCAUCCAGAGGAGAGUGCACAGACACAUUGCGAAGGCGAGUCACAGAAUUAGAAACAGAGUGCAAGAAGCUCACUAUGGAUAUAAAAGUUAAAGAAGACCAGAUCCGAGAUCUAGAGUUAAAAGUGCAGGAACUUCAUAAAUAUAAAGAGAAUGAAAAGGACACAGAGGUACUUAUGUCAGCACUGUCAGCCAUGCAGGACAAAACGCAGCACCUAGAAAACAGCCUGAGUGCAGAGACCAGGAUCAAACUAGACCUCUUCUCUGCACUUGGAGAUGCCAAGAGACAGCUGGAGAUCGCACAAGGCCAAAUUUUACAAAAAGACCAGGAAAUAAAAGAUCUAAAGCAAAAGAUAGCCGAAGUCAUGGCUGUGAUGCCCAGCAUCUCCUACGCAGCCGACACCAGCAGCAUGACCCCUGUGGCCCCCCACUACUCCUCCAAAUUCAUGGACACCAACUCCUCCGGCCUGGACCCCAAUGCCUCUGUUUACCAGCCACUGAAAAAGUGAACGCUUCUCCCAGCCUCCUCCUUUCAUCCAUUCUCUUUAUUUUCAACCAGGCCCACCACUUUCAAUCUGCUCGGCAUGUCUGCAGCUGAGAAUGUUUCUCUUGGGUUUUGUUUUUACCAUGCCAGGUCAGAAGGAUGUUGUAUUGUGUGACUGUAUUUGUUGUAGUUAAAACAAAAGACAAAAAACUUAAAUGGACAUCAGUUCUCAACUAGGAUGCCCCAGGUUUCUUUUUCUCUUAAAUGUCUAGUGAAACCUCACAGAAUCGGGUAUGUAACUCUUAUUAUUAAGGUGUUGCUCUGCAUUUUCCACUGUCAGUGCAACUACCUGCUACCAGUUACUUGCUGUUUGGUCCUGGGGAAGAGCUGCUUCAUUUUGUGAAAAUAUUAUUUCUCCACCACACACUUAUUUUGAAAAUCCUAACAUAUGCAAAAUGUGGAAUGUAUUGCAAAGUUGGCACAAAUUUCUGUUCAAUCUCAUUCAAAAUCAGAAGCAAAUCUAAUGGAAAUUUAGAAAAAUGUGUUGUUUUGAGAAUCUGUCAUCAAUGAAAUCAUUGUGACAUAAACUGUCUUUGAACACGAGGUUGAGUGUUCCCAAUAUCAGCAGUAAUGUUAUUUAACAAAACCAUUUCAGUUGUCAUGAUCUCAGUGCCUUCAUUUAAGAUUUAAUGUGUGAGUUAAAGAUGACACAACCCAUAUGAACAGCCUCCAAAAGUGUGACAAGUUGCCUUUAGUUUUUUUCCCCCCAUUUUUGUGGUAGCAAUCAGACAUGUUAAGUGGACAUGAGGACUGCUAUUCAAAUUCAGUUACAAUCGAUAACAAUAUAUAAGAUUUCUUUUUUUUUUUCCCCUACAUUUUCACGUUCCCAAGAACAUGCCAAAUGACUGUUCAAAAGAUGCCCUUUUAGUCAUUUUUACUACUGAAUGCUGAUGGAACCAAAUUUUUACUUUGGCUGCAGCCCAUUUUGUUGGUUAUAUUAAACUGGCCAUAUCAACAAAAGCAAAGGGAAAACUAUUUAGAUGGACUGUGCAAUGUCAACAGAUCAAAGCUUUGGAACAGGUAACUUAAUUCAGUUUAAGUUAUUUUAUAUUUAAUAUUCCACUUAGUUUGUGUGCCAAGGAUUCCUUCUAUGUGUUAAAGAAUGUACUGCAAAUACAUUGGCUGACAGGUCCUCUUAAUAUCACUUAAUAGAAGUUUGUGUUAAGCAGGUAGAUAAAAUGGUCACCUGUUUGUAGUAGACUCUAGUUGAAAGGGAAGAUUAGAAAAUCAAUUCAAUUCUUUUGUGAAUGUUACAGUAUUUGCAACUGUUAGGCGGUUUUCCUUAAGCCUGGUAUUUGUCAGUUCCUGUGGGGAGAGAUUCUCUGAAUCUGAUGUGGUUUCAUUAUCUAAAAUGGAUAUUGUGUGUGUGCGUGAUAGUCACAUUCUGUAUUUUGAGAAGCUUUAUUGCUCAGAUCGCUGUCAUUGGCUAUACUAAAACUGUAACGGAAAUUUAGUCAGUUGUUUUGCAAACUGCAAGUUUUUUUUUGGUUUUUUUUUUGGUUUCUAUGCCACAGUCACUGCUCUGUUUAUCCCCAGGUUUGACCUUGGCUGCGCUCUCGCUCUGUGAGGUUUACAAAGAAUAAACAUUUUUUCUCGCAACUGA